CCAAUUAUCUGCGCACUCCCUCCCUCCUCUUCCAAAUGACGCUUUUCCAACCUCUUCCGCCGAGUGCGGCUCCGUGUCAGCUGUGGGCAAGCCCGGCGGACAGCGCUUCCGGUGAGGGCAGGAGAGCGACUUCCGGUGAGGGUUUUUUCCAGCAGUAGAGAUGGCGGAGACGCUGCUGGAGGCUGUGGAGAAGCUGCAGUCCAGACUGUCUGAAAAUCAGGAACCGAAAAGGCUGCUGAAGACCCUGAAGAGACUCAAUGAGCUGCCCAUCACAGUGGAUAUCCUGGUGGACUCUGGCGUGGGGAAGGCGGUGAACGCACUGCGGAAGCACCAGCAGGUCGGGGAGCACGCCAGGAGCCUGGUGGCAAAGUGGAAGAAACUGGUCCCUCAGGAAGCAGAGAAAACCAGCCCUGCCCCCCGUCGCUCCCAGAGCAAAGUGGGGGGGGCCAACAAGAAGCGUGCUCGAGACCCCUCCCCUGAGGAAGAGCCAGGCUACCCCUCUCCUCCCCAGCACCCCUACAGCGCCCCCUACGCCCAGCGAGGGGGAUACCAGUCAGAGGGGUACGAGAGCCCAGCCGUGGAGGAAGAGGAGGAGGAGGAGAGAGAGGCAGACAGCCCCCAGCACUGCUCCAGCAGCCCCCCCUACAGGCAGGGGUACGAGGAGGAGGAGGAGGAGUACAGGCACUCUCCAGAUCCGCCUAAACCUGCGCACAAGGACCCCCACAGGAAGAGGGAGAAAGCAAAGGCACACCACAAGAGCAGAGACAGGGAGCGGGAGAGACACAGCGACGGCAGAGGGGCGGCUGAGAGGCAGAAGGGGAGUUCUGGCAGACAGGGGGAGGAGGCAGGGGGCAGGGGACACAGCCUGGACUCAAAGAAGCGAGGCAGGGAAGCAGGGAUCCCCCCAGCCCUGUCGGAGCCCCGCAAGCAGCACCGACACAGAGACACGGAGUCCGACAGGACCAGCACAUCCGGAGCAGCCCGGCCCAAAUCCACAGGGGAGCGGGAGAGAGAGAGGAAGAAGAGCAGCACGGGUAAAUCUCGAGGGGUGCCAGAGGAGGAGGAGGAGGAGGAGGGGCUAGGGGUGGAGAAGGAGAAGGAGAGGGAGGCGGAGGGGGACCAGACCGCCAUGUCCUUUGAGUCAUACCUCAGCUACGACGUCCCGCAGGUGAAGAGGAAGAAGAAGAACCCCAGCCGCCCCCCCCCGGGCCCCCACAACCCCCCCAAUACAAACAAGACGCAGCCAACCAAGAGAGCCAGCCAGGACCCGCCCAAGAACCAGCGAGAGAAGAGCAGAAAGAUUCAGAUCAGUGACAUCAUCCCAGUGCUGCCGGAUAUUCCCCUGCCAGCCAUCCAGCCCAACUACCGGCCCCUCCCCUCGCUGGACCCCACGCCCCUGUCACCCCAGAGACGCAAAGUGCCUCUUGCGUCUCCGGAGGAGGAUGACCAGGGCUUCACGGGCCGGCGCUUGAAUUCCAAGAUGGCGGUGUACUCGGGAUCCAAGACCUCCUACCUGCCCAAGAUGAUGAGCCUGUAUGAGCAGUGCAUCCGCGUGCUGCAGAACAACAUCGACUCGAUCGACGAGGUCGGGGGGGUUCCCUACGAGAUCCUGGAGCCGGUUCUGGAGAGAUGCACCCCGGAACAGCUGUACAGAAUCGAACAGUGCAACCAGUGCUUCAUGGAGGACUCUAAUGAGUUGUGGACGAGACACUGCCAGCGGGAUUUCCGCAGGGAGAGUCCGCAGGAGUUCGAGUCCUGGAGGGAGAUGUACCUGCGGCUGCACGACGAGAGAGAGGAGAGGCUGAGACUGCUGACCCAGAACAUCAGCUCUGCGCACGCCAGCCGGCCCAAAGGUCGCCAGGUGAAGAUGGCGUUCGUGAACUCGAUCGCAAAGCCGCCGGACGUCCGGAGACGACAGGAGAGAUUCGGCACGGCCAGCGGGAGCACGAGCGCCAGCACCAGCCAGGCAGCACCAAUCAAGAUCAGACCAGUGUUCCCCAGCUUCAUGUCCGUUCGCACCAGCAGCACCAGUCCCAGCGACGGAGGGGGGGGGCAACACCAGCGGGGGAGGGGGGGGCAGCGCUGCUUACGAGGGGCCCCGGCACCAGCGGGGGGGCCGCUAGCAACAAGCCCCUUAGAUCGCUCCGAUGAUGGCGAAGACGAUCAAAGCGUUCAAGAACCGUUUCUCUCGACGGUGAUGUGGGGAUGA